AUUUUUAAUUCUUGUGUCCGAAACGGCAAAUAGCAAAUGCAAAGCUAUCAGUACUACCUUCACUUCUCGCUAACGCACGAAGUAGGGUUUUGCUCUCUAGAAAACAAGCACCCUAGUCACCAAAGUCUCACUGCUCACUUCACCGAUUCUUUCUACUAAACUGCCAGGCUCUGUAAAUGGCUGGUUUAAAAGAAAUUACAGCCGCUGAGUUUUUGCAAGGUACGCACAGGCACACUCUUCUUUUGAAUAAAAAUUCUGCUGUCAAGAGGAAACAAUUGUUGUGGGGCACACUAUGUAAUCAGAAUUCGAAGUUUGGUAUAACUAAUAGAAGAGGCGUUUCAUUGAAAUUUUGUGCUCAAUCAAGGCCCAGAGCUAUUGUUUCUGGUAAUGUUAGCAGUUCCAUAGAUGAACAGACAAGAUUGGUGGAACAGCCCGCUGAAGAGGUUGUUCAUUUCUAUCGUGUUCCACUUCUUCAAGAUAGUGCAACCGCUGAACUUCUCAAGUUAGUUCAAACAAAGAUUUCGAACCAGAUUGUUGGUUUGAAGACAGAACAAUGUUUUAAUAUUGGUCUUGCUUCAAGUAUUUCAAGUGAGAAACUUGAAGUCUUGAAGUGGCUUCUUCAAGAAACAUAUGAGCCGGAGAAUUUGGGGGCUGAGAGCUUUCUUGAGAAGAAGAGACAAGAAGGGUUGAAAUCAGUGAUAAUUGAGGUUGGGCCUAGGUUGUCUUUUACUACUGCAUGGUCUACUAAUGCUGUAUCGAUAUGUGGGGCAUGUGGGUUAACAGAGGUAACUCGUUUAGAGAGGUCCAGGAGAUACUUAUUGUACAGUAAGGGAGCUCUGCAAGAUAAUCAGAUCAAUGAUUUUGUGGCAAUGGUUCAUGAUCGAAUGACUGAAUGUGUAUAUGUCCAGAAGCUGACAUCAUUCAAGACCAGUGUGGUUCCAGAGGAAGUCAGAUAUGUGCCGGUGAUGGAGAAGGGAAGGAAGGCGUUGGAGGAAAUCAAUCAGGAGAUGGGUUUGGCAUUUGAUGAGCAAGAUUUGCAGUAUUACACCAGCCUUUUUAUGGAUGACAUUAAACGGAAUCCUUCAACUGUUGAAUUGUUUGAUAUUGCACAAUCUAAUAGUGAGCACAGCAGGCACUGGUUUUUCACUGGGAAGAUUGUCAUUGAUGGAAAACCUAUGGAUAGGACUCUUAUGCAGAUUGUGAAGAGCACCUUGCAGGCAAACCCAAACAAUUCUGUCAUUGGCUUCAAGGAUAACUCAAGUGCAAUCAAGGGCUUCCAAGCUAAGCAAUUGCGACCAGUCCAACCUGGUUCAACUUGUCCUUUAAGUGCAAGUACAUGUGACCUUGAUAUUUUGUUUACAGCAGAGACCCACAAUUUCCCAUGUGCAGUGGCACCUUACCCUGGUGCUGAGACAGGUGCAGGGGGUCGAAUCAGGGAUACUCAUGCCACAGGAAGAGGAUCUUUUGUUGUUGCAUCUACAGCUGGUUACUGUGUUGGGAACCUCAAUAUAGAGGGGUCUUAUGCUCCUUGGGAAGAUCCAUCUUUCACAUAUCCAUCAAAUUUGGCUUCCCCUCUUCAAAUCCUUAUUGAUGCUAGUAACGGUGCAUCAGACUAUGGUAACAAAUUUGGAGAGCCAUUGAUUCAGGGUUACACUCGAAGUUUUGGAAUGAGACUCCUAAGUGGGGAAAGGCGGGAGUGGUUGAAGCCAAUCAUGUUCAGUGGAGGCAUUGGCCAGAUUGAUCAUACACAUAUAUCAAAAGGAGAGCCUGAAGUUGGAAUGUUGGUAGUAAAGAUUGGGGGCCCUGCAUAUCGUAUUGGAAUGGGUGGUGGAGCAGCAUCUAGCAUGGUUAGUGGGCAGAAUGAUGCAGAUCUUGAUUUUAAUGCAGUACAACGUGGAGAUGCUGAGAUGGCUCAAAAAUUGUAUCGUGUUGUUCGUGCUUGCAUUGAAAUGGGAGAGAAUAACCCAAUUAUAAGCAUUCAUGAUCAAGGAGCUGGUGGGAACUGCAAUGUUGUGAAGGAAAUCAUAUACCCUAAGGGUGCUGAAAUUGAUAUACGUGCUAUUGUAGUUGGUGAUCACACUAUGUCUGUUUUAGAGAUAUGGGGUGCAGAAUAUCAAGAGCAAGAUGCUAUCCUAGUGAAGCCUGAAAGCCGCAAUCUGUUACAAUCGAUCUGUGAAAGAGAGAGAGUUUCAAUGGCUGUUAUUGGAAGCAUUAGUGGUCAGGGACGUGUUGUAUUAGUUGAUAGCUUAGCUAUUCAGAAGUGUCAGUCAAGUGGACUUCCUCUCCCUCCUCCUGCUGUGGAUCUUGAGCUUGAGAAAGUACUUGGGGAUAUGCCUCAAAAAACCUUUGAAUUUUCUCGGUUUGACCAGGCUUUGGAGCCACUUGAUAUUGCUCCUGGGAUUACAGUGAUGGAUUCACUGAAGAGGGUAUUAAGACUUCCAUCUGUCUCUUCAAAGCGAUUCUUAACAACAAAGGUUGAUAGGUGUGUGACAGGGCUUGUAGCACAGCAGCAAACUGUUGGCCCAUUGCAAAUCACUCUUGCUGAUGUUGCAGUCAUUGCUCAAACGUACACCAAUUUGACUGGAGGUGCAUGUGCCAUUGGGGAGCAGCCAAUCAAGGGCUUGCUGAAUCCAAAAGCAAUGGCAAGAUUGGCAGUUGGAGAAGCGCUUACAAAUCUUGUUUGGGCAAAGGUUACUUCUCUCUCUGAUGUUAAAGCAAGUGGUAAUUGGAUGUAUGCUGCCAAGCUUGACGGGGAAGGAGCAGCCAUGUAUGAUGCUGCAUUAGCUCUUGAAGAAGCUAUGAUAGAACUUGGUAUUGCGAUUGAUGGAGGAAAGGACAGUCUUUCCAUGGCAGCCCAUGCAGGUGGAGAGGUUGUCAAAGCUCCUGGAAAUCUUGUUAUUAGUGUCUAUGUCACAUGUCCUGACAUAACAAAAACAGUGACUCCAGAUUUGAAACUAGGAGACGAGGGUGUUUUACUUCACAUUGAUUUGGCAAAGGGAAAGCGCCGGUUGGGUGGAUCUGCUCUUGCUCAGGUGUUUGACCAAGUUGGAGAUGAGUCUCCUGAUAUCGAAGAUGUUCCUUAUCUUAAAAGGGUCUUUGAGGGUGUUCAGGACCUUCUUGCAGAUGAACUUAUAUCUGCUGGUCAUGAUAUUAGUGAUGGUGGACUUUUGGUAUGUGCACUGGAAAUGGCAUUUGCUGGGAACUAUGGCAUUACAUUGAACUUGAAGUCAAAAGGACACAGCCUCUUUCAUACACUGUUUGCGGAAGAGCUUGGUCUUGUUCUUGAGGUGAGCAAGACAAACUUGGAUACUGUAUUGAAAAGACUCAAUGGCGCCGGUGUUUCUGGGGAGGUCAUUGGACAGGUGACUGGCUCACCCACUAUUGAAUUGAAUGUUGAUGGAGUAACUCAUCUGAAUGAGAAGACUUCUUUAGUAAGAGACAUGUGGGAGGAAACCAGUUUUGAGCUAGAAAAGUUUCAAAGAUUGGCUUCUUGUGUGGAAUCAGAGAAAGAAGGAUUGAAGUCUAGGCAUGAACCUUCUUGGGAAUUGUCUUUUACACCUUCCUUCACAGAUGAGAAGUAUAUGACUGCAACUUUGAAACCAAAAGUAGCUGUGAUUCGGGAAGAAGGUAGCAACGGGGACAGAGAAAUGUCAGCAGCCUUUUACGCAGCUGGUUUUGAACCAUGGGAUGUUACAAUGUCAGAACUUCUUAAUGGUGCCAUCUCUCUUCAGGACUUCCGUGGAAUUGCCUUUGUAGGGGGUUUUAGCUAUGCUGAUGUUCUUGAUUCUGCAAAAGGUUGGUCUGCCUCCAUUCGAUUCAAUCAGCCACUUCUAAAUCAAUUCCAGGAGUUCUAUAAGCGGCCAGACACUUUUAGUCUUGGUGUUUGCAAUGGUUGUCAGCUCAUGGCACUGUUAGGUUGGGUUCCUGGGCCUCAAGUUGGGGGUGUGCAUGGCGCUGGUGGGGACCCAUCACAACCAAGGUUCAUUCACAAUGAGUCGGGUCGGUUUGAAUGUCGCUUCACAAGUGUUGCAAUAAAGGAUUCACCAGCUAUAAUGUUCAAAGGUAUGGAAGGCAGUACAUUGGGUGUGUGGGCGGCCCAUGGUGAGGGGCGAGCAUAUUUCCCCGAUGAUGGUGUUCUGGAUCGUGUUCUUCACUCAGGUUUAGCCCCAGUAAGAUACUGUGAUGAUGAUGGGAAUCCUACUGAAGCUUACCCAUUUAAUGUUAAUGGCUCUCCCUUAGGAGUGGCAGCAAUUUGUUCACCUGAUGGAAGACAUCUUGCGAUGAUGCCGCAUCCAGAGCGCUGCUUUUUGAUGUGGCAAUUCCCAUGGUAUCCGAAGGACUGGACUGUGGAUAAGAAAGGUCCAAGCCCUUGGUUAAAGAUGUUCCAAAAUGCCAGAGAAUGGUGUUCAUGAGCUGGUUUGGUUUCUGCCUUCAUUGUCUGAUGAUUCAGCAUCACUAAAUAAAAACACAAGGACUAUAGGGUUUAUGAAGUGAGUUGUAUUUGGCUCAAUUCUCUGAUUUAACCCAAUUUCAGCAAAUGUGCAAGAUUUUUAUUUUUAUUUUUUUUGCAAAAUUACAGAUUAAAGAUGAAUAGAAGUGGGCCUUAAAUUUUCA